AUGAAGAAGUUAGCGAGAACAUGGCGGAGAACUCGCCGCGGCGAGAAAGAUGAUAAGUUCGUACUUCCUACUUCCGACGACGUCGAUUCUCGGCCGAUCGAUACGCAAGAGCAAGAGGAGUACGUUCGGUCGCUGGAAGAAGCUCACUCUCAGCAAAGUCGGCAAUGGAGGAUCGUGUUCGUGGUUCUUCUGUUUUGCUAUGCAGCUUUCCUCUUCUACUCCAUCAUUCAGCAGUUCAUUUCACCAUGGGAACUGCGGUAUCAUGGCUACUUCAUGGAAGAUCUCAAGUCAUGGAUGGUCAUUUCAGCUGAGUGGAUUGCUAUCUUGGCUUGCGGCCUCUCAGUGAUGGGGCUAUUAGAUAAGAAGAAUGGUCACAGACGGUGGUUCUGGUACUCGUCUGUUGCUGGCUCUGCAUUGACAAUCUUUUGGCUCUAUUACUUACUGAGGCUUCCGAAGUUCCGGUGGGAUGCUAUAUGGCUUCCAUUUGGGCCCCUUUGCGGAGCUGGAAUUUGUCUAUACGUGGACCAUCUACUGGAGGAAUCAUCUGAAGAGGUGAAGAAACUACGGAACUAUAUGUAUGCAUAUAAAGCAAGGUAG